AGGAGUGACUACUAGCCAGAAAAGAACAGAAUCGAAGAGUCGGGAAGAGGAAUCGAGGGGAAAGGAAGAAUUGGCGGGGGAGCGAGAAAAGCAAUGGGAUGCGCAACGCGCAGCCGAGCCCAGAGUAUCGGUACAGGUUCAUCCACAACGUGGUCCGUUGAUCGUUCUGGUCUGGUGUGGUAUGGUCUGAUCUGGUCGGGUCGGGUCGGGACCGUUUGUCGUUACGUUGCACCACGUCGCACAAUCGACGUGUCGAGUCUCGAGUAGUGUAACUUCUUCGUUCUUUUCGAAGGAUCGACCAACAGAUAUCGUCUUUCCGAUAACGAUUCUCGUUUAUCGAUCUAAGUGAUUCAGAGAAUACGAUACAAUUUAUCGCGUUUAUAUCAGUUUCAGUAGAUUUUAGUAUUCCGAUUACAAAUUACAGCCAUUCCAGCACAAGUGUACGCUCUGUCAAUCGUACCGCAUGAUAGCGUGCGCUUACGCUUGUCACUCUAUUUCUACUCUGCUGACAGCACAACGAGAGGAUCAUCACCUGACUACAGCGCGAAAUGUUCAGUUGGUUGAGUCGAGAAGAGGGCGGAAGACAGGACCUCUUUGAAAAUGUUACAGAAGGUCUUAAAAAGAUAUACAAGUCUAAACUACUACCUCUUGAACAUCAUUAUCAGUUCCAUGACUUUCAUUCGCCUCAACUCGAUGACCCGGACUUUGACGCCAAACCCAUGAUCCUUUUGGUGGGUCAAUAUUCUACCGGCAAAACUACCUUCAUCAAGUAUUUGCUAGAAAGAGACUUUCCUGGAAUAAGAAUCGGUCCUGAACCAACGACAGAUCGCUUCAUUGCAGUUAUGUACGACGAGAAAGAAGGCGUAAUACCUGGGAAUGCUUUAGUUGUUGAUCCGAACAAGCAGUUUCGACCCCUUUCCAAAUUUGGAAACGCGUUUCUUAAUAGAUUUCAAUGUUCUACUGUCGCGUCCCCUGUAUUGAAAGGAAUAUCAAUAGUCGAUACACCUGGUAUUUUGUCCGGUGAGAAACAAAGAGUUGACAGAGGCUACGACUUUACUGGAGUCCUGGAAUGGUUUGCCGAACGAGUGGAUAGGAUUAUAUUAUUGUUUGAUGCGCAUAAACUCGACAUUUCUGAUGAAUUUAGAAGAUCCAUCGAAGCGUUACGUGGUCACGACGACAAAAUUCGAAUCGUGCUUAAUAAAGCCGAUAUGAUCGAUCAUCAACAACUCAUGAGAGUAUAUGGAGCAUUAAUGUGGUCUUUAGGAAAAGUUUUACAAACUCCAGAAGUGGCUAGAGUGUACAUCGGAUCAUUUUGGGACCAACCCUUGAGAUACGAUGUGAAUAAGAGAUUAUUCGAAGACGAGGAACAGGACUUAUUUAAGGACAUGCAAUCAUUGCCGAAAAACGCGGCCCUUAGAAAACUUAAUGACUUGAUCAAACGCGCACGAUUGGCGAAGGUACACGCUUAUAUAAUCAGUGCUUUAAGGAAAGACAUGCCCAGUGUUUUCGGCAAAGAUGCAAGAAAGAAAGAACUUAUAAAAAAUUUAGGCCAAAUUUAUGAUCAAAUACAGAGGGAGCAACAAAUUUCACCUGGCGAUUUUCCAGACUUAAAAAAGAUGCAGGAAUGUUUGGCACAUCAUGAUUUCAAUAAAUUCAAUGUUUUGAAACCCAAAUUGUUAGAAGUAGUCGAUAAAAUGCUCGCCGAAGAUAUCGCUAAACUUAUGGCGAUGAUACCGCACGAAGAAGUUGGUACGACGUGUGAAUCGCUUGUCAAAGGUGGCGCAUUUGAAGGUGUAGAAGAUCAAAUAAGUCCAUUUGGAUACAAACGAGGGGAAGGUAUCGAUGCUGGCGCAGGUGAACCAGAAUGGAUCGUAAACAAGUAUAGAGCUAAUUCCGAUGAUAUUUUCAAAACGCUUGGUCCAUGUGACGGAAAAAUUACGGGAGCAGCGGCUAAGUCGGCAAUGGUGAAAUCUAAAUUACCAAAUAGUGUACUUGGUAAAAUUUGGAAAUUAUCUGAUAUCGAUAAGGAUGGGCUUCUGGAUUCUGAUGAAUUUGCCUUAGCGAUGCAUUUAAUUAAUGUCAAACUCGAAGGCUACGACCUUCCAGCCGAAUUGCCUGAUCACUUGGUACCGCCGUCGAAACGAAAUUUAUAAAUUAAUAUCGAUCGUGUAUUUCUGUCUCUCGUCUCAUCGUUGUUACCUUUGGUACAUACCUUUGGCACGCACAUUACACGAUUGUAUUUAUUGAUUAGCCAAUAAUGCGACGCUAAACACAUCGACGGACGUUAUCAUUUUGUAAACGUUCAAAAGAAUACACUAUAUUUACGAAUACUACGUCAAUAAAUUAUUUUAUAUCGCUGUUGGACAUUUGUUUGCCUAUUGGUUAACCGAAAGGAAGACGACCAUUUUUUUAAAACUGUAAAAUUAUCACCUCCAGAAAUGACUUUUGGCAUUUUUAACUUAAUAUUACACGUAUUCUUUCAAAUACUACACUUAUGAAAAGGAAAACACAGAUUUCUUUCGAAUGUUUGUGAAAUUUUGUUCUACCUUUUCCUCGUUUCUUCAACGGAAAUGAACGUUGAACUUGCUCUCCCAUGACGGCUAGAAUAUAUUUAACGUGAAUCAUGAUUCGCAUUUUGAUAAACGGUGAUUGUUAAACGUUAUAAUUGUAACCGAAAUGGGAAAUUUUUUAAAAUGCCUAUAACAAAUUAUAUUUAACACUUAAAGCUAUGACCAAAACAAUUGCAUAUACACGACAAACCACUGCAUUUGAUAUCAGCACUGCCUCCGUAUGUAAAUAAAUGCAUUUUUACAAACAAAUAUAUAUUCUUGUUCAAUA